GCAAGCGCCAAGGCUCGGGCAGUUGGCCGGCACGCCACUGCGCAUGUGUUUCAACUACGACGGUGGGUCCUGGGGUUGAGGCUUUCGAUUAACACCGCAGGCACCACACCUGUUGGUGUGCAGAUGGCGCAGCAUUCAAGUCAUCCUACUCACGGAAGAGCCAAAGAGGAAGGUAAUGCUGUGCCUCUUUGUCGAGCCAAACCCUCCCCCAGUUUUAUUAAUCUUCAAGCAAGUUCCCCACCAGUCACUUCCCUGAAAAUCCCGGCAACAAAGCUACCCUCAGGAAUUGACCACAAGCCCAAGGAAUGCCUAGGACUCCUAGAAUGUAUGUAUGCCAAUCUCCAGCUUCAGACCCAGCUUGCCCAACGGCAGAUGGCUAUUUUGGAAAAUUUACAAGCAUCCAUGACACAACUGGCUCCUGGGAGAGAAAGCAAGAACUCUUCUCUCCCAGCUUUAUCUCACAAUCUGUUGUUAAAUCAUCUGCCCCAAUUCAGGAAAUGAAUUGUGGAACAAAGUUAUUGUGUAUGUUUCCCCUAACUCUCUUCCCGGUAAACCCUUGAUGG